CUCUUUUGUUCUUCUUCGGAUUCAGAUAUCUGGACUCCUCCUCCUCCUCCUCCUGCUCCUCCAGAAUCGCGAUCGAAUUCCGGGCUUGCACUGAUAUAGGAAUAUGGAGCUAAAUUCCAUCAAAGAUGCAUAUGACCGUGUUGUUAAGAAGCAAAAGCUAUCUGCUUCUAAAUCCCAAGAAGUGAUUCACCAAGUUGGUCGUGAAAUUGAACAAGCACUGACACAGAUCCUUUCAGCUCAAGAUUCUUCUGCUCCUGUUGAUCAAAAAUCCAUCCUUGCAGAGCUUAAACUCAAGCUCAGUGCAAUUGGUCCAGUCCAGCUGUUAGAAGGGUCACAUAAGGAAUUGAACUUAAACCUCAGCAAGUACACUAAACUCCUUGAAAGGUCCUUGAAUCCAGACAUAUCAAAGGCAUACAGAGAUGUUGACUUUGACUACCACAUUGUGAAUCAGCUCAUUGCUAAUCAUUUUUACCGUCAAGGCUUAUUUGAUGUGGGAGAUGGGAUGAUAGAAGAGGCUGGAGAACCAGAAUUAGCCAUUGUAAAAUCUCAGUUCUCAGUAAUGCAUCAAUUACUGGAGGCUAUGAAGGUUAAGAAUAUUGAGCCUGCUCUAAACUGGAUCCGUGCUAACCGUGAACAACUGAAUCAUGAUGGUUUAAAUCUUGAGCUGAAACUCCAUACUUUGCAGUUUGUGGAGAUUAUACAAUAUGGGAAUCGAGGUGAUGCACUUAAAUAUGCCCAGACUCAACUUACUCCUUUUGCUUCUCCUGCCUCCCCUCACAAGGAUGAGGUAUUGAAGCUCAUGGUGAAGCUCAUGGGUUGCCUUUUAUAUCCACGACGGCUUGAAAACUCACCUUAUUCUGAGUUUACAUCUCCAACCCAUUGGGAGAAGGCGAUGGAGGAUCUAACAGGGCUGUUCUGCAGUCUUCUGGCACAGUCCUAUAACAGCCCAUUGAGUAUGACGAUGGCGGUGGGAUUUGAAGGUUUGCCGACGCUCUUAAAGCUGGCAAAUGUAAUGGCUGCGAAGAAGCAGGAGUGGCAAGCAAUGAAACAAUUACCAGUGCCCGUGGAGCUGGGAAAGGAGUUUCAGUUCCAUUCUAUAUUUGUCUGUCCUGUGAGUAGAGAUCAAGGCAGUGAGGAGAAUCCACCAAUGUUGAUGCCGUGUUUGCAUGUUCUUUGCAAGCAGUCUAUCAUGAAGCUGUCGAAGAGUAGCACCCGGAUAUUUAAAUGCCCAUAUUGCCCCGCAGAAGCUUCGGUUUCUCAGUGCAGACAGCUGCAUUUCUGAUGGUCAUCUCUGAUCCAAUGAUCAAUGUGGAUCAAUGUGUUAUUAUAUACUUUGUAUAUAGACAUUCCUUCCAGAUUCGUUGUUUAAUUGUUUAAGUGCCUAUAGUUUGCAUAAAGUUUGAACAAACAUUUUUUUUUAAUCUCAUUAAAAGCGUUGGUGUAGACCUAUAAUCUAUGUCAUGUAAAUAAGCAAUAGGUUCCCCAAGUCGA